GGUUGCACUUUGCAAACGCACGGGGGACACCUCUCCCCCCACCACUCCCCGGGGGGGGGCGGUUCUCCAACGCUGAGCGCCGGGUCCCGGUGGGCUCGCCAGGGGGAGGCGGGGGGCAGUCGCCUGCCCCGUGCCCCCGUCGUGGCUGCCGGGCGUGUUGGGGGCGCAGCAGGAAGGAAGCGUGGUCAAGCCAAGCACAGUACGGGGGGCACCAACCCCCAACCCGGCUCCGCUUCCCUCCUGGCGUGGCCCGGCGAGGCAGCCGGGGUUCGAUCCGUGCCCCCGCUCCCCCGGCUCCCCCGGCGUGCGGAGGACGAGGCGAGGGGGGCUGGGCUGGGCUAGUUUGCCCGUCCCCGUGCACCGAGCACCGAGGCGAAUUGGAGGCGGAUCCGUGCGGGGCGGAGACGGGGGCGCUGCUGCGGCUGGAGGGGGGCGGGUCGGUGCCCUGCGUUCCCCGCGCCCUGCCCUGGUGGCGCUGUCAGUGGCCCAGGUGCCGGGGUGGGCGGUGGAUCGCCGUGGAGAGCCGGGCGCUCUGUUCCGAGGAGAGGGGCUCGGGGGUCAGCUCGGGCUGCGGGCCGCUGUGCCAGAGCGGGGGCGGCUCCUUGGCUGGACUGUGGGGCUCCUGGCCGUGCCCGAAGCCCUUCACCUCCUGCCUUCAAGCUCAGGGAGGAGGCGGAUUUUCUUCAGCGUGGCUCCGCUCCCCUCGCUGCCGCCCAGAGAUGGUGGGCCACCUGCACCUGCAAGGAAUGGAAGAGAGUCUGAAAGAGAAGAGCCGGGAGGGCCUGCUGGACAGUCCGGAUUCCGGGCUGCCUCCCAGCCCGAGCCCCCCUUUCUACACCCUGGCUCCCGGGAUCAUCGAGGGCAGAGCCGGGGGCAGCAGCACGGGGACGGAUCACCCAGGACAUGAGCCCAGAAAGGAAGUCAAGGAAGGCAAAGUGGUCCCUUACCUUCUUGUGAACUCUUCUGUGCCAGAGAUGAGGCCUCGAAUGUUCCCGGUGUUUUUUGGCGAAAGCAUUGAGGUCAACCCUGAACCUGUGCAGGAAAUUAGGUGCAACUCGGAGGUGAAAUAUGACUCAGAGAAACACUACAGGGACGACGUCUUCUACGGACCCAUCCCCACCGUGACCGCCUACAGCGAGACGGUCAUCGCCACGCCAAACUGCACCUGGCGGAACUACAAGUCGCAGCUGAUCUUCGAGCCCCGCCAGAAGCCCCUGCGGUUCCAGAGCACAACCAUCAUCUUCCCCAAAUGCACCAAGAACAUUUACCGAACCACCCUCACUUACAGCCUGGGCUGUGCCAAGCGCUGGUUCGCGUCCAGCGUGCAGCUGGAGCUCUGCGAGGAAACCAGCCCCUGCGUCAUCUACAGCGAGACCCUUUCAUCCGCCCGUGCGGGGCUCUGACGACCACAAGGCCGCGUCCUUCGCUGACCUCUCCGGACAGACAGAUUGGCCAGGUCCCUUCAUUGAUGGCAAGGGGCCCUUGACUACUAGCAGCUGGGCGUGCGUGGUCUUAGACGCGUCUGAACUGCUCCAAGAGGAGGCUUAGAGGGGACAUACUUUUUAUGGGUUUGGUCAGCGAAAGGCUGGCAUUUGUUGUGGGACGUUUUUGAUGUUCAUGCUCUGGAUUUUUAUUUUAUUUUUUGACAUAUCUAUUUUGAAUAGCAUUUCAAUGAAAUCAGAUAGCAAAGGCCCUAGGUUUGCAGUUACCAUAUGUUAUAGUGCUGCUUCCCAGCUUCGUGGGUCUUCUCUAGCACGUAGGCGCGACUUAGCAGUGCCUUGGAAGCUGAUCCUAUCUGAUAGGAGAAGGCCAGUUGCACACUCACCAUCCAGCCUGCACAGCUGCUAUCCGCCUGCUUUUCCUAGUGUUUAAACACAGAGAAGACAGUUGUUAUUUUUCAUUGCAUAAAACAUUGAUCCCACUCCGAAUCCCCAUCUGGAGGACGGCUCCAGGAUUGCAUUGUGGCACCACAGUGACCUCCGAUUUAGCUUUAAAAAAAGAAAAAAAUUGUCACCAAAAUAGGAAAGACGAUCGUGCCAACAAGGCACCAGCCCUUCCAGCAUAGGCAAGUGCCAAACUCCCAUUUGAGACCCUUCUGAGGAGCCAGAUGUUUACAUGCCAUACGGGAUACCGUGCAAGGGGCUUUUAGGGGAGCCAAGAAUGGAAUGCUUCAGGGGAGAUUUGCAUUCUAAGGAGGAUGCAAGCCAGGGAAAAUGGCAGAAAGCUUAGCUAACUGGGAUAAAACACACAGAGAGGACAGAUCUAAUUCAGUAUUACCUGAUUUUAUGCAAAGGCGGCUUACGACAAUCAGGUUAACUAGGUGUAGGAGAAUAUGCUUUCAAGGGUAGUUCCUUGAGGACCAAAAGCCUUUUCUGUUGUAUGAGAUGAUAAAGACCAUAGCAGGAGCAGAAUUUUAAACUCCGAGUUGAAGACUGUCAACAGGACAGAUGUUUCCAAAAUUCAGCAGAAGGGGGCCAUGGCUCAUCGCCAGCCUGCUGAGUCCGGUAAUAGUGCACAAUAGUAAUAAUUCAUCCAAGGACAAUUAAAGGAACCGCCUAUUCCUACCCUCUGCUCCUCCCACAAGCUGGUUAGUUCCCAUGCAGCUGUAAAAACGCGGAGGUGGGCAGCCUUCAGAAGGUGCCAGCGGACCAGCACCAGCAGCCAGGUUCAAACCUGGCUGACCCCUCCCUGCCACCUACAGGCUCUCAGAGAUCUGGUGCUAACAGAUACUGUCACUGGGUCCAACGGCAUCUGCAUGCAGAGACUGAUUUGACACCCUUUUCCCACCUCUUCUUCACAAAGGAUGGAUUUAGCCCCCUGGUGCUUUAUUUUUCGUGAGGUGAAGCUGCAGGAGGGAAGUUGGUUGCUCUUUUUUAAAUGCUCACUUUCACUUGUAGCUAAACCAUGAGGAAACCAUCCUCUCUAGGGCUUCAACUGGCAUCAGCAUUGAAAGGGAACGAGAAAAGAGAACAGUGCUCUGGCAGGCUCUGUUUUACUAGAGGACUCCAUAUGUGGUGGCAUCACUGUACUGGUCCGUUGGUAGCUGUUUUCAUUUCCCUCUGGGGAUAGCAAACUGCAGCAAGACAAGCACGGCUCUGGAUGGGAGAGGAAUUAAGGAAAUCAUGCUCAAAGUUAUGAAAAAUGAACCCAUCCAGCAUCACCCACAAAGAUUAUUUGAUGUGCAUACAAGUGGGACUUCUGUGUUGAUUAGACUACAACAGGAACAAUGCUAAGCAACAGUGCGUCAGUAAAUGACAAUACCUAUGAAGAGGGGUAAGAAAGCAAUAGAAGAUCCCAAAGCUGUUACUGCUUUGUGAAUACAGGCCACCAGGGCUGGGAUUGUCAAUGGAGACUAAAGGAAUUAGACACCUAACUCUCACUGGAUUUGUAUGGGAUUUGGACACCUACGGUAAAAUUCUGAACAGCACCUAAGUGAUUUAGGAGGCUAAAUUCCAUUUUCAAAGGAGACAGACUGAGAUCUGCAAAGGUAUUUAGAUACCUCACUCCUAGGGGAAUUAUGCACCGAAAUAUAUUUGAGGAUCGGGGCCUUGGGCACUUAGGAACUUUUAGUCUCAUUUAAAAUCCUUAGGUGCCUACGUACCUAUGUCACUUUGGCAAAUGGGACUUAGAAGCUCUUGAAAAUGUUACCUGUAACUCCUGCAGGCUUUUUAGCUAAACAGCUCUGGAAGUUAAUUUCUGUUUGGUUUUCUUAAGUGUUUUGUUCUGUAUUUGUCUUGCUGCAAUUCUGAUUCAGUUAUUUCAGUGUACACAUGACCAGCCAAGUUACAACACCUAAUAAUAAUAAUAAGGAAUAACUCAGACUCCUUGCCCAGAAAGUUUGUAAUCACAUGAACGCCCACAGCUGUUAAAAAUGCCAUGACAAACUAAAAACAAACAACCCUCCUCCCCCAGAUAUUUAAGAAAACUGAUUUGAAAAAGAUCAGGUUUCCUUCUGUGUAAGCGGGUGAAUGGUCCUGCUAUUAUGGGGAACUUUCCUCGCAACCCCACUGGAAUUGGCUAGCGAAAGGAUCCGCGUCCUCGCUCCCAGUCCCUUUACCCAGAAGCCUGCCUGACCCUUCAACUCUCCUGCGUGGCAGAGCCCUCGUAACCCUGAGAAGGCUGGAUCCAGGAUUCCUGGGGGGAUUUAGGACAGGAGAUACGGUGACCUCACUCCGGGGUGCUCUCUCCACUCUGGACCCUUCCCUGACCCACUGAUCCUUGCACAUAGUUCAAACCAAAUACAAUUCAUUAAACAGCAACCAAUUAAAAAAUAAGGACAAAACGGGAAAGGUGAAAGGAAAACCCGUCUCUGUGGGCACAGGGGAACCCCAGCCAGCGUCUCUGGAACGUCAGGGCCUUUCACAGCCUGUUCCUCACACGGCCCAGGCCCUGGCUGUGCUGCAGGGAUGCCGCGGGUGGGAUGCUGGCUUUGGCAGCGGCCACAUGCCCUAGGAGGCAGGACCCGUCGCCCCCGCCCCGUCGGGGUUACGAUCCCCCCCAGGGGCGUCUCCCUGCGCUGACCCCGCUGCCCAGGGUCCCCCGUAUCUCCUCAGCUGCUCAUCGCACCCAGCUCCGGACGGCUGCAGCCCCGCCCCCCGGGCCGCCCCUGCUCAGCUCAGGCCGGCGCAGCCCCGCUCCCCGGCUCCACUCGGGCUCCUGCUCUCCCCACCCUGGCCCAGGCCGCUCCCACUCACACGGAGGACGGGACUCCGGGCCUCCCUCACUGGCCUGCCUGCCCUGUCAAUCAGGGUGACUUGGAGCGGUGGCCUCUCCCAUCGCCCCUGGGGACGGUCAGUCUCCGCAGCCCUUCCCCUUUCUUUUGGUCCUGGGAGAUGGCCAGCCAAAAAAAAGUCUCAGUACGGGGCCCAUAGCCCCCUUACGGUCUGUUUCAGAAGCCAUGGGGAAAGGCAAUUCAUUAGGGUAACCAGAAUGCUUUCCUUUCUGAAACAGGGCCAUUCUUGGGUGUGUGGGGUUUUUUGUUUGUUUUUAAAGAAGCAUAUUUUUUUAUUCAGACACGAACUUGAAGUCUUGACACUAUCUCUGAAGUGUUGAUUGCAGCGACACUGCUCGCACUGAAAGCCGUGCACUUGCUCUGUCCAGCACAUUGACUUCAGGCAUAAAGGAACAUAGUAUUUGCCCCAAACUAUCCGGGGGUGGGGGGUGGGGGGGUGUGUGUGCGUGUGCGUGCUCCCAUAACAUGCCAUAGUGCACUUAAGGUAUGCCUUCAUGGCCCAGUUAACUCGGGUGAUUGGCAUCCAGGUCUGAGUUGUCUGCAAGGCCACACAAGUCACUGGGGCCUUGAGGACAUUGCAUUUCCCCAUGUACGUCACUAGACUUCAGGGGGCACAGCUUAUGGUCCUUUGUGUGACGGUCAAGUGGGCCGCUCUGUAAUCCCUUCCCAGUGAAUUGUGGGGGAACUUGUCUGUCCUGCCGGGUGCAUGGAGGGGAAUUUUGGGACGGUGUGGAGGACUAUUGGCGCACGAAUGAUUUAGCCUGUGUCCUCACUGCAAAGUGGGUGGGUUACCAGCCUGAGCGAAAGCAGCCACUGAGCGCUAAUCCAGCCCCAUAACACCACCAGACUCAGGGGGGCGGGUUGUGUUUGUGGACGGGAUGGAUGUUAGGGCCACUGUCUGAGCAAGAGCCCAAAUUAACUUGGCAGUGAAGAUAGACCGUUAGGCGGUUCAGGGCUCUCCAAAGAGUGGACAGAGUGGUAAAUUGAGGCUCCAGUCCCCAUGAGCUGAAGGGGAACCCCAAGGUCCUUGGAACCUGUACUCCUGCUCUCAGAUUGGAACUUAAUCCCCCCCCACACUCUAAAAAUAGAAGAGCCCACCCCAAGGUUGCACCUUUUGGGACAAUCUGGACCUGAUUUCCCCUUGAUGAGUCCUUUAGGCUGCCAACAGGAUGACUUACAAGCUGCAGUUCAGCCUUACCUGUUAAAUUCCCUGCUCUUGUUGGUCGCAAGGGGCAGGCCAGAGUCAGAAGGCAAACUAAAAUGGCUGUCCCUUGCCAGGCUGGCUCCGCAUUGACGUAGUCUUGCCUUCAAGAAUCCCACUGGCUAUUUGUUCUGCUCACCAGCCCUUGCCACAGCGGCAGCUAUAGCUGAGCCGACGCAGCAGGUCCCUUGUGCUCUCCCUCAUCGCAGCAUGCUGGGCAGACACCACUUCGCUGCCUAGGGAGUCUGUUCUUCCUGCCUUUGCUUUAUGAACGCCAGCUGCUGCAAAAAAUCUGGUUGGCGAACGAAAUCCAGGGGCAGACACCUGACUUGCUGUCCAUUCUUUGGCCCCACACCUCUGACACGCUCUGCUUAAGCCAAAGCUUCCUCAGCAGCCUGUGACUGGCUCUUGGGAGGCUGCCCAAGGUGGGAGGAAAGGUACAAGGCAUCUUUCGCACCCGCACUGUGCACAGUCCCUGUGCCCCCAGGAUACAUGCUCCCCUAACGGGGGCAGGGAGCACUGCGGGCUAGCUAACUGCAGAGGGGAAUACACACUGCACUGUCUUAGGGGGUGGCUCAAUGUGUGCUGUGUUCUCCUGGUGUUCCCGAACUAUGCCUGCCACUGCCCAGAAGGCACAACCCAACCCUUACUUACCAUAUCUUUUCCACCCUUGCCCUCCCAGAACAGCUCCACUCCAAGCUGAGGUGGGCUCCCAUCAGGCAUAAGCAUGGUCACUGUGUGCGGGUUCUGCUGGUGCCCAGCCGUUGCCAGGGACAGACGUAAAACACACGUUGGUUGGAGCACGAGCGUCUUUGUCCUUCCCAACUAAUCCACCCACAGUUCUGGGCUUUGUUUGCUGUGCAAACACUUAAACGCGCUUUCAGACUAAAAAACAUACUUGAAAGAAACAUCCAAAUGUGCUGUUUUCGGCUCCGUGGGAGCAAAAGUGAUUUUUAUUGGUUUGUUUUGCCUUAAAAA